AUGCCCACCACAUCCAAGAUGAGUUUAUCUGGUGACACUGAGAAUAUCUUUUCUGAAUUCGAGGAUCUCGAGCGCCAGGACCUGAUCGGUCGUGUUCUGAACAACUUAGAACUGGCGGAUAGGGAUUCUGUGGGAGAAAUCCCGCGGGGAACCUUAUUCCUGCUUUGGUUUGCCGCAGAUGUGCUUGAAGACCUAGCAAAGCCAUCAUCAGAUGCUAGAUUGAUUCCUUUACAGCAAAAAGUGGUCACCAGCUUACCACUUGACAUUACUUCAUUUUUGGUCUUUUCAAAGAAGAACCCGUUUGCAAACACCCGUGGCACAAAGUGCAAGUCAUCCCAGGCCAGUGCCACAACCUCCCCAACAAAGCGCGAUCCAAAGAUUGUUGAGAAGGUGGGCUUAUCAGGGAGCUUAAGCCUCGACAGAGACCGCGAACAAUGCCUAGUCACAAUGCGGUGUGCCCCAACACUUGAGUCAGCACACAUUAUCCCAAAUAGAUUCUGUGGAACGUUCGUGCGACCUUGCAGGAGCGAAUUCUGGAAUCACUUACGGACCUACUGGGGCCGUACCCAAACGGAGAAAUGGGAGGCUGAGCUGCUACAGGGCUCAUAUACCAUCAACACAGAGUUCACUGCGAACAUGAUGACCCUUAGCAAGCAGGUCCAUGCAUAUUGGGGAUGCCCAAUGUGUGCCUUUCGACCGGUUUCGGUCAACGAGGCUCAAACUAUGAUGCAUAUUGCCUUGCAUUGGUUACCAAUGUUGCCACCCAGUGUCAAGCGAAGUGACUAUGUUUCGUCUACCGAGAACCCAUUUAGUGGGGGCACACAAGAGCUCACAACUCUCCCCACUGCCAGGAUUGGUUUCUAUAAUUGGGAGCGAAAAGUGGAAAUGCAAUCAGGCGAUAUCUUCACUGUUACCACGGAUGACCCACUGAAUCGACCUCUCCCUUCAUGGGUCCUGCUUCUCCUCAUGUGGCACCUAACAAGGAUCGCAGCAAUGCAGGGAGCUGGGGAGGAUUCAGAUGAUGAUCUUCCAUCGGAUGAGGAUGUGGAUCCAAUUCCCUCAGGGACCAAAACGACUGUAACGGGCAAGAGACAAGUUUCUCGCGGUCGGUCGCCAGCAGUUCCGCGAAUCGGUAGUCGGGGUGGAGUACCUACGGCAAAGUGGAGUUCAUCAGUCGGGUUCUAUCCUGGAUCUGUACCCUUUCGGCUGCAAGCGAAGUCGACCAACCCGCAAGGACGAAGCCCGUAUACCGAAUAG